CUUCACUGAGACAAGGAAACCUGUAAAUGUGCAAACUUCUUAAGAUUGCUUCUGCUGCUAAAAGGCUAUUUAACAGUAGUGUGAAGUUGCAGAUGAGGAGCAGCAAGCAUUUCUCAUCAGCUCCACUUGACCUGUGUAAUAUCAAGGUUUUGUUUUUCUUAGUAAACUGCUCCUGUACUUAAAAACUUAAGCAAUUCUUGGUACUAAUUUUGUGUUGUUCCUAAUUUGAAAUUCUUUACCACUGAGCUCUGAUUGGGUAAUUAUUUACAUAUGAUGAUGAACAUUUAAUAUUAACCUUGUAUUUAUGCAGCAGUUUAAGCUGCAGUGGACAGUCAGAAUCGGAUGUAUAUUCUGGUGAGAACUGGUGUUUCUGGAAUCUACCUAACAGACUUGCAAGGAGGAGAGGAAGUGGCUCUUGCUGCAGCGGUGACUGACUGCUCUCUGGAAGACAUACCAAAUCCAAAACUGAUGAGGACAAACAGCAAAAAAGUUAAGGUAACUACAAUUGUUGAAUAUGAAGAUGCCAAGCAUAUUUCUGCAAAGAAAAUAACAAAAAAAGUAUCCAAAACAAAGUCAUUGGUUUCACUGGCCUCUGGUUUAAACAGCAAACUGAACUCUCUCUCUAGGUCUGCUCACUCUUCUCCAAAUAUGACUGAGGCUGUUAAGGCUCUUGCCUCUGAUUGCAGUGCCACAAAUUACAAAGACAUGACAAAGAUAUCUAAAAGGGCCAGACUACAACCUGGUGUCCCAAGAACUGUACCGACUAGUGGAAGAGUUCAAGGCAUGUUACUAAGAAGUAAAUCAAUACCCCAAGAUAAAACUGUGCCCUUUGUAAACAUUCCCCUGGCUGAUGGAAAGACAUUCUGUACCGCUGCUGGGGAUCUCCAUAACAUUGAUGUGCAACUACUAAAUCAAGAUACAGUACAGCAUAUUCAUAACUUAGUGAGUGAGCUGACUGUACUGUGUGGGAAGGCAACAGUUAAACCAAGUUAAUGAAACUUGCAUAAGGGUCGUCUCCUCACUCCAGAAUAUUUAUGACAGCCCUUCCUUGCCUCUUCUGAAGUGUUUAGAGUAUUUCUAUGUCUUAAUAAAGCUCUGUACUGUCCAAUAAAUGUUUUUAUAUAAAGUUUACACUGUGAUCUAUUAAAAAAACUCAUCUCUGAUUCAAAAGCAGAAGCAAUUCCACAUUUCAGGCUUUAUACAACUAGCAGAGGGGAUAAGCUUGAGUUCAAUCCUGAUAUUCUAAGCAGGGUUAUCUUAGUGCUUUAGUUACAUCCUUACUCUGUUUAAUGUCUGUCUUCCAUGCACAUCACCUACCUGAGCAGAAUGGAGAAUGCUGCCAUACAUGCUCCGUCUUUCCCAGGGCCAUCGUAGUAACUCGUUUUCCUCUGUUAAAGGAGUCAUUGGUGAUGGUGUCUAACCGAAUUUUCCUAACACU